CACGUGGAUCUCAUCUAAAAAGGUCCACUCAACCCAUUAUUUUGACCAAAACCCGCCACCUCAUCACCCAAAACUCUCCCGACCACCUUUGCCGCCGCCACCAAACACUCAGUUCGUCAUAUAAUCUUUCUCUUCCAACCGACCCAAACAUGUCCUUAACUCUCUCUCUAUCACCCUCCCUCCCCCAUGCGCACCUUAGCCCCUCCCGCCAUCCCAUGUCUAUCCUGCGCCGCCUCCCCACCUUCCCCCACCACCUAAAACCUCUACACCUUAAACCUCGCCGUCGGUACUUCGCCACAGUCGCUGCCGCAGCCGUACGGCAGGACACCACCGUCUGGACUCCAGUCCCGCUCUCCGAAGUCUCCCCUGCCGCCGAGUCGCUGUUCCACAUAUCGAUAGACGUCUCUGGUGCGCCGGAUCUCGUGGAAGGUCACACGCACGCGGGACAGUACCUCCAGCUCCGUCUCGCCGACGUAGCCAAGCCGACCUUUCUCGCUAUCGCCUCUCCGCCGUCAUUUGCGUCCGCGAGUGGCUCGUUUGAGUUCCUUGUGAAGAGUAUAACUGGUUCGACGGCGGAGGUGCUGUGUGGGUUGAAGAAGGGAGAUGUUGUUGAGAUUAGUCAAGUCAUGGGAAGAGGUUUCGAUAUCGAUCGAAUCCAGCCGCCUGAUGCGUAUCCAACGGUUGUAAUUUUCGCUACCGGAUCGGGAAUUAGUCCAAUCCGGUCGCUUAUAGAAGCAGGAUUUAGUGCGAAUGACAGACCUGAUGUGAGACUCUAUUAUGGAGCUAGAAGCCUCAAGAGAAUGGCUUAUCAGGAUAGGUUUAAAGAAUGGGAAGCUUCUGGUGUUAAGAUUGUGCCUGUUUUAUCGCAACCUGAUGGGAAUUGGUCUGGUGAAACUGGCUAUGUACAGGCUGCUUUUGCUAGAGCCAAGCAGAUUUAUAGCCCUGAGGGCACUGGUGCUAUUCUAUGUGGGCAAAAACAGAUGGCUGAGGAAGUAACUUCAAUUCUUGUAGAGGAAGGAGUGUCGAGUGAGAAGAUAUUGAAGAACUUCUAACAGAAAUUCAUAGGGGAUUACUAUAAAUUGUUGUAUUAUUGUUGAGCUACAGUUGGUAGUGAUUCUUUCUUCCAAGUGCUGCUGAGGAUCAAAUUUCUCUCCCAGCUAAUAAAAUCCAAUUUUGCA